ACAAAAUGCUAAUACAUUGAUGACCAAAUAAAACGUCGUCACUAAGGAACCGAAAUUCGAGAAAAGAGCAGAAAGCUUCUCUCCACUCGAACUAGUUUUCCUCACAAGUCACACAACACCUCGAUUAACUUCUCCAAAUCCCAGAAACAAACAUCAAGUUUCUCGUGCUGUUUUGUCCGAUCGAUGAAUACGACGCCGUAUAUGGACAAACAGAUAAUGGAUCUAUCGCAGGGAUCAUCGUCGCCGCAGAUGAAGGACUUCAUCGACCUCAUGAGCCAUCCCCGCGAAGACGAAGAUCAGACCGGCCAUGGCGGAACCGGCAAUGGAAUCUCCAAGAAGGAAGAAAUCUUCCCCAGCUAUGAUUUCCAGCCUCUUCGCCCAAUCGCCGGUCUCGGAGCCUCUUCUUCGCCGCCUCCGAAUUUCGACUCUGCACCGGCUAUCGGAGGAUCAACUAGGGCUUGGAGCCCCGGCGAUUCCAAGCCCAAAACUGGCUCUCCUUUCAGGAAUUAUAGUUCUCUGGACUCCGUUGAACCAGCGAAGUUCAUUCUGGAGAAGGACCAAAGUUCAUUUGAUUCUUCUACAAUCAUGGCUGAGAUUGAUAAGACCAUGAAGAAACAUGCGGAUAAUUUGCUACAUGUUUUGGAUGGCGUUAGUGCUCGACUGACACAACUGGAAAGUAGAACUCGUAAUCUGGAGAAUUCUGUGGAUGAUUUGAAGGUAUCAGUUGGGAACAAUCAUGGAAGCACUGAUGGGAAGAUGAGGCAGUUGGAGAAUAUUCUAAGAGAGGUACAAUCUGGGGUCCAGGUUUUGAAGGACAAACAAGAAAUAGUUGAGGCCCAGCUACAGCUUGCGAAGGUUCAAUUAUCUAAUGUAGAUCAGCAUCAAGAAACUCAGAACACAGUGCAUGUGGAUCCUGUGCAGCCAGCAGCAUCUGCUCCUCAACAAUCCCAGCAACAGCUUCCUCUCCCUGUUAACAUUCCGCCACCACAUCCUUCUUUCUCCUCUCCGAAUGUUCCUCAACAAUCCCAACAACAGCUUCCUCCUCCGGUUAACAUUCCACCACCACAUCCUUCUUUCUCUUCUCCAAAUGCUCCUCCACAACCAGCCCCCCAGCAGAACCUGCCACCACCAGUUCAACUUCCAAACCAAUUUCCUCAAAAUCAGAUCACUUCUGUCCCCCAGCGAGACCCUUACUUCCCGGCACCAGGUCAAACCCAAGAACCACAAAACCAGCAAUACCCUGGUCAGCAGCAACUUCCCCCUUCUGCCAUACCACAACCUCAACAAUACCAACCAACUCCUCAACCACAGUUCUCUCAGCCACCACCCCAACCGCCCCAACAGCACCCAUCUCUUGCACCUGUUAAUCCUGCUCAACUCCAACCUCCGCUGAGCCACCAUUCUGAAGAGCCACCUUACGUUCCUUCUCAGAACUACCCUCCCAACCUUCGCCAACCACCCUCUCAGCCACCAACUGGUCCACCUCCCUCCCAGCAGUUCUAUGGGGCCCCACCCUCUCAUGGGUACGAGCCACCACCGUCCAGUCGGCCUAGUUCGAGUUUUCCCUCUGGAUAUGGUCUGACAUCUGGGCUUAGUGAACAGUUUCACUAUGGUGGAUUGCCCUCUCAAUAUACAUCUGGGGUUAAACCUCAUUCUCCUACCACAGCUCAAAGUGGUGGAAGUGGUUAUCCGCAGAUGCCAACUGCUCGGGUACUGCCCCACGCCUUGCCUGCUGCUUCUACGGUUGGCGCUGGUUCAGGUUCUUCCGGGACUGGAAACAGGGUUCCCAUUGAUGAUGUGAUUGAUAAAGUGACAACUAUGGGGUUUCCCAGAGACCAUGUGAGGGCAACCGUUAGAAAGCUUACGGAGAACGGCCAGUCAGUUGACCUGAACGUUGUGCUGGAUAAGUUGAUGAAUGAAGGUGAAGGUCAGCUUCCUAGGGGUUGGUUUGGACGGUAAUAUGUUUGUUACUGUUCAGACUGAUGUACAGAAGUUUCACUUAUUGCUGGAUCAUUGAUGAGGUCUUUAUAGUCUGAAAAAAGGGAUGAGGGCUGUGACUCUUUUUGCUCGGCAUUUCACUUGUCUUUCCCCCAUUUCAUUUCUGUUUUCUUGUGGUUAGUUUGAACAUGCUCAUUCUGGUUGGUCCCUACCCGUUUAUAUCUCAUUUGUGUAUACUCCAAAUAACUUUUUUUAAGUGGAUAAUUGAAUUCUGUUCGGAGCUCACCAUUAUAAUGCAAAUGUUCCUGUAGGAAUAUGUUGGUAUUGCCAUGU